AUGCCGGUGACCGGAGAGGGCGGCGGGGGCGGGGCCUCCGCCUGGCGCGAGGAGCGGCCCGGAGCGACAGCCAGCGCGUCCAAUGGGGGGGCCGGGCCCCGGCGGCCGCCGUCCAAUGAGGGGGGGCGGGGCCGGCCGCCGCGGCGGGGGCCAAGAUGGCGUCGCGGGGGUCCGCUGCGUGAGGGGAGCGCGGGCCGGCGAGGCGGGAGGCGGCCGGCCAGCCAGCCGGCGGCCAUGAAGGGGAAGGAGCGCUCCCCGGCCAAGGCCAAGCGGUCCCGCGGGGGCGGGGAGGACUCGGCCCCCCGCGGGGAGCGCAGCAAGAAGCCGGGCGGCUCGGGCGGCAGCAACGGCAGCGGCGGGAAGGCGGAGGGCGGCGGCGGCGGCACCCGGCGGAGCCUGCACCUGGACAAGGCGAGCGGCCGCGGCGGCAGCCGCGAGUACGACGCCCCGGGGGGCGGCUCCGGCGGCCGGCUGCACGGCUACGGCUCCCCGCCCGCCAAGAACUCGUCGUCGUCGUCGUCGGGGGCGGGCGGCGAGGCCCGCGGCGGCUCCCGGGCGGGCGGCGAGGCCCGCUCGUCGGGCUCCUCGGGCCCGGCGUCCACGGCGGCCGGCGAGGGCGGCGAGUACAAGACGCUGAAGAUCAGCGAGCUGGGCUCGCAGCUGAGCGACGAGGCGGUGGAGGACGGGCUCUUCCACGAGUUCAAGCGCUUCGGGGACGUGAGCGUCAAGAUCAGCCGGCUGCCGGGAGGCGGCGGCGGCGGCGGCGGCGGCGCGGGGGACGAGCGGGUGGCCUUCGUUAAUUUCAGGCGGCCGGAGGACGCGCGGGCGGCCAAGCACGCCCGGGGCCGGCUGGUCCUGUACGACCGGCCGCUGAAGAUCGAGGCCGUCUACGUCAGCCGCCGGCGGAGCCGCUCGCCGCUCGACAAAGAGCCCUACCCGGCCGCCGCCGGCGUGGUCGGGGUGGCGGCCGGCGGGCACCGGCAUCCCCCCGGCGGGGGGGGCGGCGGGCAGCGCGCCCUGUCCCCCGGCGGCGCCGCCCUGGGCUACCGGGACUACCGGCUGCAGCAGCUGGCCCUGGGCCGCCUGCCGCCGCCGCCGCCGCCGCCCCUGCCGCGGGAGCUGGAGCGGGAGCGGGACUACCCCUUCUACGAGCGGGUGCGGCCCGCCUACGGGCUGGAGCCCCGCGUCGGGGCCGGCGCCGGGGCCGCCCCCUUCCGCGAGGUGGACGAGAUCUCGCCCGAGGACGACCAGCGGGCCAACCGGACGCUCUUCCUGGGCAACCUGGACAUCACCGUGACGGAGAGCGACCUGCGGCGGGCCUUCGACCGCUUCGGGGUCAUCACCGAGGUGGACAUCAAGCGGCCCUCGCGGGGCCAGACCAGCACUUACGGCUUCCUCAAGUUCGAGAACCUGGACAUGUCCCACCGGGCCAAGCUGGCCAUGUCCGGCAAGGUCAUCAUCCGCAACCCCAUCAAGAUCGGCUACGGCAAGGCCACCCCCACCACCCGCCUCUGGGUGGGCGGCCUGGGGCCCUGGGUGCCCCUGGCCGCCCUGGCCCGCGAGUUCGACCGCUUCGGCACCAUCCGCACCAUCGACUACCGCAAGGGCGACAGCUGGGCCUACAUCCAGUACGAGAGCCUGGACGCCGCCCAGGCCGCCUGCACCCACAUGCGCGGCUUCCCCCUGGGCGGGCCCGACCGGCGGCUGCGGGUGGACUUCGCCGACACCGAGCACCGCUACCAGCAGCAGUACCUGCAGCCGCUGCCCCUGCCCCACUACGAGCUGGUGGCCGACGCCUUCGGCCACCGGGCCCCCGACCCGCUGCGGGGGACCCGGGACCGGACCCCGCCCCUGCUCUACCGCGACCGGGAGAGGGACCUCUACCCCGACGCGGACUGGGCGCCGCCGCCGCCCCCCGUCCGCGAGCGCGGCGCCCGGGCCGCCGUGGCCGCGGCGCCCGCCUACGAGACGCUGGACAGCCUGGAGCGCCGGCGGGACGGCUGGUCCCUGGAGCGGGACCGGGGCGAGCGGGACCCGCCCGGCGGCCGCGACCCGCCCCGCAAGCGGCGCCCGCCCGAGGAGGGCGGCGGGCGCCACGGGGACCGCUCGCCGGAGAGCGAGCGCUCGCGCAAGCGGCACUGCGCCGCCUCGCCGGACCGCAGCCCCGAGCCCGGCGGGGCCCGGGACCGCUACAACAGCGACCCCGACCGCUCCUCCCGCCUCCUGCUCCUGGACCGCCCGUCCCCCGUCCGGGACCGGAGGGGGAGCCUGGAGCGGGGCCAGGGGGACAAGCGGGACCGCAAGAACUCCGCGUCGGUGGAGCGGGAGAGGAAGCACCGCCCGGCCGCCCCCGCCGAGGGCAAGAGCCCGCUGAAAAAGGACGACCGGGCCGACGGCGGGAGCGGGCCCGGCGCCGGCGGCGGGGCCCGGCUCAAGUCCCCGCCCCAAAAGCAGGACGGCGGCGCGGCCGCGCCGGCCACCGCGGCCCCCAAGCUCUGCCUGGCCUGGCAGGGGAUGCUCCUGCUGAAGAACAGCAACUUCCCUUCCAACAUGCACCUGCUGCAGGGCGACCUCCACGUCGCCAGCAGCCUCCUGGUGGAGGGCUCCACCGGGGGCAAGGUGGCCCAGCUCAAGAUCACGCAGCGCCUCCGCCUGGACCAGCCCAAGUUGGACGAAGUCAACCGGCGCAUCAAGGUGGCCGGGCCCAACGGCUACGCCAUCCUCCUGGCGGUGCCCGGCAGCGCGGAGAGCCGCUCCGCGGCCGCCUCCGCGGCCGAGGCCGCCACGUCUACCCAGCGGCCGCUCAGGAACCUGGUGUCCUACUUAAAGCAAAAGCAGGCGGCCGGGGUCAUCAGCCUCCCGGUCGGGGGGGGCGGCAAAGACAAGGAGAAUUCCGGGGUUCUCCACGCCUUCCCCCCCUGUGAGUUCUCCCAGCAGUUCCUCGACUCCCCCGCCAAGGCCCUGGCCAAAUCCGAAGAAGAUUACCUGGUCAUGAUCAUUGUCCGGGGUGCGUCCUAAAAGUCCGUGUGUAACUUUUCGCCUUUCCUACUUGACAUGGUUCCGAACGUGUGAUGUGUGAUGGGAUGCAGCAUCAGACGCGGCUUUUUUUUUUUUUAAAGAGAAUUAGGUUUUUAUUUGUAGCUAUUCCCCUUUUUACAUUUCUAUAAACCACUUAAAAAGUAGAAGCCGGAAGAAGUUAGUCGGUAGCGUGAGGAAAGGGGCUCUUCCCGGGGUCAGCGGGAAGAUGGACCUACUUUAACCGAAAGUUCCCUCCUCUGAUUUCUACCUUUUUGUUGUUGUUGUUGUUCUUUUUCCUUCCCCUUCCCUCCCCCCCCCUUUUUUUUUUUUUAAAAAAAAAACCUCAUAGAGAUCCUCCGAGUUACAGACCGAAAUUUUUGAAAAGUCACAAUUUAAAAAAAAGGAAAAAAAAAAAAAAAAAGCACCCUUUGGCAGGAGAACCGCGUGUACCCGAAAAUGUCUCCGACUGACAAGCUUUUCAGAUAACGGGGCAGAGCGUUCCCCAGUCGGAAGCGUGAUUCCCUUUCCGUUUGGACCAGGAGUGGGUCGGGACUCGGCAUGCGGGGGGUAAGGCGGUCCGCCGAAUUGGGUAUCUGGAGUACCUUCUACAAAAUUUCCUGCCCAGAAACCUAGUCCUUACCAGGUGCGUCGCUCUGUCAUCUAUUCAUGACUUCUGUAUCCCAUAUCUGCACUCUUGGUUUGUAGCAGUAACUGUUCAGUAAAUAUCGAGGACUUUGUUACAAACCACGUAUGUUUUGUGCUUACUCUAGUACGCAAGAAACAAGUAGGUGCUUUAGGAAAACUCAGUAGUCGGUAUAGGUGUAUUUGUUUUUUGUUUUUUUUUAAACUGACUUUUCAAAGAGGUGUUAACAGGUAAAGCGUCUACUUCAAAAAUAAGUGUUCCUCAAAAGAUGGGUUUUAAUUUUGUGGCCGUUUAAAGUUCUCACUUCGGUAACGGGAAGAGAAACAGUCGUCUGCAGGCUUUGGUUCACUGGCACUGAUGAGCAUGAUCUGAUUUGCAGUAUUUUUGGAAUGUGGUCAGAAAAUGCCGAGAAGUGCUUUUUGGGUUUCUCUCUGUGUUUUUUUUUUUUCUUUUCCCAAACUGGGGCAGAGGGGACAAAUUACGUUACAUAUUGAAAUUUCCAGGGUCGUCGCUCCCGGCGACCCGACACGUACCAGAAAAAGAACGACGUCACUGCCCACAACGUGACCGCUUUGUAUGGUUUUUAUCCAGGGAGCUUCCGGGGUGUAAACUUCAGAUAUUUCGGUUUUACCCGCCCCUCGAAAGUGAGCUCUUCUUCUUUUGUUUCCAGGAGCACCUUCGCUGCUUGUAGAACCUGCAGCUUAUCCCUGAUUUUGAUUCUCUCCGCCCCCUCGCCCUCCGCCUCCCCCCCCCCCCCAAAAAAUAAUUCAGUCACCAGUCCCACUUCAGUGGGGUGAAACUCGGCUAAAGGCCUCGGUUUUCAGCUGUAGCGAGAAAGCCUAAGGACCCUCUUGAUGUGGUCCUGGCUUUUGUCUGGGAAAGAAAUGGACGUUGAAAGCCUGCCAGAUCUUCAGCUGUGCCUCUUUCCGUUUGCAGUGAGAAAUCUGAAAGUUUUGAGAGAGCACCAAUAAUAACCCAAGGGAAGCGUCAUCCGUUAAACUCAUCGUUAACUUUUCAAAGAGUGUAUUAUCAUUAUUAUUUUCUUUUUGGUAAAUUUUCCAUCAUGGCAGGUGUCUAUUACGCAUGUCGGCAUGAGCCUCACCACUGCUCUGGCAUCACCCUUUUUGGUUGUCGGUUCUCAUUGUGCGUGGGUAAACUGUGGGGCGUAGUCUUUUUCAUGUUAUUUGAAACUUGUAUUUUCUACGAAAAUGCCCUCCCCCUCCCCCCCCCCCAUCCCCAAUCUUUAACGGCCAUUUUCGGGAGGAAGAAAGCGCCGGGCUCCGGAUUGCGGCGGGCAGUCCUCGACCUGGCGGAUAACCUCAAAUUAAAAGCAUUAAGCUUGUUUUUAUGCUUAAUGCAUUCCCCAAAAAGCAGUGCUUGGCAUUCAAAUAUGCAGUAGACACCUGUUCAGAUUCAGGACCCAAAUGUACGUAAUGCAUACAUGGGUCAGAGUACAGUUUGUGCCAUGAUACUUUUUUUUUUCCCCUCUUUCCAACUAAAGUCUCACUAACCAUUAACUAAAAGAGAUCCUCUUUGAACCGGAACCAAAACAAAAAGGGGCGGGGGGGGCAGAUGGGCAAGUAUCCUCUGUAUUUUGGUUUUUUCAGGCUGUCAUUCAAGUCAUCUCUCUGUUCACCCGGUGGCUACCUGGAGCGGGCAGCACUGUGCUUUUACUCCAUGUUUGCUGAACACUUAUAUGAGGUCACUGCUUUUUGUUAGACUUGUCUAAUUUGUGGUUACCGCUCUGUCCCCAAGAUAAAGCUUGAAUAUGAAGCUUUGGCGUACGUAAGGUACCACCGGAUUAGGUUGGGUAUAACCCCGAACUCCAGAGAGCCACCGAUUCAGAUAUAGUUCUUUGUUGCCCGUCGCUCCGAACAGGUGCACAGUGUCAGCGACCGCUUUCCUGAGACCUUUCGAAGGGGGACGAGAAACUGUCGAAAACCUGGUACCGUUCCCGGGUAGAGGCCUCGGUCACAAUUUGAGAGCCCCGUCGUUGGCUUUUCUGGCUACCGAAUUUCAGUCCUAAGGUUGGCGUGUGAGGUUUUAUUUCUACUUUUUCCCGGUUUCAGUCCGUUGAAAGCCAGUGUCUUUUCUCUAAAUCGUUUCGCGUCAAUGGGAAAGUAUCAAGCUGAUGGAGGCCUUUGUCUCAAAAUCCUCAAUAUUAGGGACCGGUUGGCCACUCGGAUCUCCCGGUUGCUAGCCAGAACACCGUCGGUGGCCUCUCUUUCUUUAAAACUGUGGUUUGGGGUGCCAGCAAAGGUCUUUCUAAUGCAGUGGCAAUUCCCUUGGGUUAUUGCAGAUUUACCUGCUCCUCUUUGGUUUCAGACCUUUCCCCCCCAAACGCCUCGCCUUCCCUAAGGGACGACGGCUUGGCCCGGUGACCGUGGCGUGCUCAGUCUUUGAGGGAUUGAGAUCCCUGUGGCGGUUCCCUCCACACCGAUCACUUCACCUCUGAGGGCCAAUUGAGGUUUCCUUGCCUUGUCGCAGCUUCAGGCCACUUGCGGCUUUAGCUUCGAAGCAGGGGGUCGGUUGAUUGGGGUUUCCUCGAAGUCACCGGAACGACCGCAGUUAAACGCGUGAGCGGGGCCAAAGGGGAAAAACCUUCCCUGGCAGCCACCCACCCAAAUGGAAGCGGGCCAAUAAUCUCGGGAGAAGGGUUCUGAAGACUUGGGGCAAAAGGAAAGGAUUUCCGAGGGGAAAUGUGGGUGAAUUUUUCUUCUGGGGGGAAGAGGGGGAAUAUCCUUUCCAUCCCCACUGCCACGCACGGUGUUGAGAUGGCCCCUUAUGGGGUAGAACUGAAAAGAACGACUGGGCUGUUAAACUUGACUUCUCCCUUCCUCCAUUAUCAUGGGAUUCCCUAAGGGAGAGGGAAGCCGGUCAUAAAGGUAGCCACAAUGAACUGUUAAGCUGGACAUUGUGUCUUUAUGUAGUACUCGAGCUGAGGGGAGAGACCUUAAUGUCUUGAAACCUUCCUUGGAUAAUUAACAAUUCCAGGCAUGACACUGGUACAUGCGAUUUUUUUGUUUUGUUUUCCCUCCCGUGGUAACGUGGCCUGAAUUGGGUUUUAAAAUGUACUUGUAUAUCUUGACCCUUUUUCCACAAACCGGAACCGGAUGCGAGUCUCCACGUAAAACCGCAAGGUCAGAAAAGUGGGGCCGACAGCAUCCGACUAUAUAUUUUUUGUUUUUUGUUACUUUUUUAAAAAUUCCACUCUUUAAAGUUUCCUUCGGGAAAUAUCCAAGAGAAAUCAAAUGAGCGGUUGGAAAUUUUCAGUUGAGUUUUCUCAUGGAUGUUUCUCUUCUCAAUUAGAGCGUAAAAGGAUGUUUUCGAUCCUAUCACCCCGGUUUACCUUUAGUCUAAGAAAAAAAGACCUAAAACACUCAGUUGCACUACUCGUCGUGUGUCUAUAUACAUAGAGUGAACUCAUUUCAAGGUUUGUUCCCAUGGGUAUAUUAUUGGUGCUUUUUGAAGUCCAGACUGUCUAGAAAGGCCUUGUAGCUGAUGUUUAUAUGCAUAAUGUAAGGGGGGGAAAAGAAUGUUGUAAAGCGUUGGUUCUGAAUAACGUUUUCUCCCCCUCCCCACCCCCAACAAGCCAAACUGGUGGACUGCGGAUGAAGAUAAUGGAAUUCUAAGCUCUAAUGGACCUUUUCGAAGAGAAGUGUGGCUAAUAUGGAGUUUACAUGGGCCUCUUGAUGGAAGAAAGCUUAUCUGUUUAGUAUUUGUGCAUUUUACUAAAAUGGCAGCUUAAAGUUGUGUAUCUGCUAUUGUGAUGCCAAUGCCCGUGUUUAAGUGGAAAAAAAAAAAUGACCUCUUUGCUUUGUGCUGUGUACACAAGAUUUCUGGAAAAAGUAAAGGAAAACCCUUUUUAAGGCUCACACAGCUUAAAAGUAGCUGUCACUCAGAACGUGCGCUCACAGUUGAGCUGAUUUUGUUUCAUUCUAAAUAAAUUGUUUCUUUUGAGGAAAAUGUU